AUGGUGAAGAAAGCCAAUGGGAGGUGGAGGAUAUGCACCGACUUCACCAACCUAAACAAAGCUUGCCCCAAAGACAGCUUUCCUCUACCAAGGAUCGACCAACUUGUCGACGCAGCGAUCGGCCAUGAAGUCCUAAGCUUUAUGGAUGCCUUCUCAGGGUACAAUCAGAUCCGAAUGCAUCCCGAUGACCAGGAGAAAAUAGCUUUUAUCAUUGACCGCGACUUAUAUUGCUAUAGGGAAAUGCCCUUCGGCCUCAAGAACACCGACGCCACUUACCAACGAUUGGUGAAUGAGGUGUUCAAAGAUCAGCUCGACCGAAACGUAGAGGCAUACGUCGACGACAUGCUAGUGAAGAGCAAAAAGGCCAAGCAGCACCUUGCCGACCUAAAGGAAGUCUUCGGUACCCUCAGGAAGUAUAAGAUGAAGCUGAACCCGACCAAAUGUGCUUUCGGGGUCGGCUUGGGUAAAUUCCCAGGGUUCAUGGUGACACAAAGAGGGAUUGAGGCAAAUCUAGAAAAAAUACAAGCCAUCCUCGACAUGUAG